AGCAGGUGAACGGCGGUGUGCGGCGGCCGCAUACGGUAUACGGUUCGGCCCGAUACAGUCGUGGAGGGAGUGCGAAAUCACGCUGACGCUGUGAGUGGCGCGCAUCACGUCGUCGUGCUUGAAGCGCUGGAACGUGCCGAUCGAACGUGUCAUCGAGGACGCGAGUGAACGCCGAAGUGAAGAAAAAGGGAAAAGUUAUCCCGAGGAGGGGUGAGAAAGUUGCUGAAGGUCUUCCGAAAGGGUGGAAAAAGAACCGGCAGUGAGAGAAACUUGGGGGGGAUAGCGCGAAAGAGGAAAACAAACGAAGGAGUAGAGGGAAAAAGUUGCGGAGGCGGAAAAACGAUGUGAACGAACGAACGAACGAAGUGUAGAUCAACAGAGAGGAAGAAAAAGAAGUGAAGAAAGGAUAUUGGAGUAGUACCGAGAUGCGCGUGGUACUGAAUACCGCUAACAGAUCGACGAUGUGAUUAUGCAACGAAGAAUUGCUGAUGCGCGGUGCGUCGACCACGCGCGAUUGCUUCGAUUUCCGUGAUCGCGAGUCACUACACGCUCCGAGAUCUCCACAAGGAGAGCUUUCAACGGUCCAGCGGAGCCUUUUUCAACGCCGUAUGUCGCGCGCGACGCGUCGCGGAAUCGUCGAUCUUUGGUGCUCCGUCCGGACAAUCGGUCCCUCCUGUCUCCGGAAAAUACGCUUUGAGAACAAGGAGGAUGCGCGGAUAUCGCGCGCGCGAUAAUCAGCAGACGCGCCGUCUGGAUUCCGGACUCGACUAGAGUGGACUAGAGAGCACGUCGGAGGAGGAACGGAGGAAUCCGCCGUUGGAUCAGUGUGCGUUCAGACAGUGCGGGUGAAUGUACGACGACGACGUUCCCUGGUGAUCGGUGUUGCUAUGAUCGUGCCGCGUUGGUCCCGUCACGUGGAACGAUCAUGAUUUACUUUAGGCCGCACGACGGUAGGAGUCUACGGUACAACGCGAACGCGAGACACUUGAACGUGCUCGUCGUGCCGCUCUUUCCGCUCUGGAUUAUCGGCGCGUUCUGCGUGAAGGACAUACCCAUAUCACACAUCGUGGCACUGGUCGGAGAUUCCACCUAUCUUCCCUGCGACAUAUCAACCACUCACGAGGGGGACUCCGUGCAUCUUGUGCUCUGGUAUCGCGAGGAUCUCGGUACAUCAGUUUACAGCAUUGACGCUAGAAACCGAGAGUUCGGUGUCGCCGAAAGAUGGUCGGACGACAGCGUGUUUUCGCAUCGCGCCUAUUUCAUGCUGGACAAGCAACCGGCGCAGCUGGGCGUCGAGAACACGAGGGAAGAGGACGCCGGUAUCUACAGGUGUCGCGUCGAUUUUCAAAUCGGCCAGACGAGAAACUCCAAAGUCAAUUUAACAGUAAUCGUGCCGCCGCGCAAGAUCACGAUCGUCGACGAGAACGAGAAUGGACGGGGCACGACGGUCGGGCCGUACAUGGAGGGCGACAACCUGCGGCUCUUCUGUGACGUCCGUGGCGGUAAACCGGUCCCGAUGGUGUCCUGGUAUCGCAACGACAGAUUCGUCACCAAUCGAACGACGACGCCGAGCAGCGGCGUGACACGCAGCGAGAUCGUUAUACAGAACUUGAACCGGGACGACGUCCACUCGGUGCUGACCUGCAACGCCACGAAUAACAAUAGGUCGAUUCCGCUGUCGUCGUCGGUUCGCGUGGACAUGAAUUUCAGCCCGUUGGAAGUGAAAAUAAUUGACGGAAACCGACCGCUGUCAGCGGGCAAGAAGUACGACUUGGUCUGCACAACUUCCGGUUCCAGGCCGCCGGCCAGCGUUACCUGGUGGAGGAACGGUCAGCGUUUAGUGGAUUCCAAGGAGACCACCUCCGCCGAUGGGAACACGACCACCAGCGUUUUAUCUUUCAUGGCGACGAAAGCAGACGCAGGCAGACACUUGUCGUGUCAAGCUGAAAAUCGAAUCAUGGGAACCGCGCCGAUAGAGGACGGCUGGGUACUCCAGAUACAAUACACGCCGGAGACGCAGAUCCAGCUCGGCACGUCGCUGAAUCCGAACACCAUACGCGAGGGCACGGAUGUCUACUUCGACUGUCUCAUACAGGCCGAGCCGACGGUGUACAAGGUGGAAUGGCGGCAUCAGGGCAGGGCACUCCAUCACAACAUCACGCAGGGUAUCAUAAUCAGCAACCAGAGCCUGGUGUUGCAGGGAGUUGAUCGCAAAAGCGCCGGCAAUUACACGUGCGUGGGAUACAACACCGAGGGUGAUGGCGAGAGCUCGCCCUUUUAUCUGAACGUGAUGUUCGCCCCUACGUGCAAGCCGAACCAGACGAAGGUCCACGGCGUGGCGAAACAGGAGAAGGCGAAUAUAUCCUGCCAAGUGGAUGCAAAUCCGCCGGAAGUGCAAUUCAAGUGGACCUUCAAUAACUCCGCCGAGAGUAUCGACGUUGCGGCCGGCCAUAUCGCGCGGGCUGGCACAUCCUCCAUCGUCUCAUACACCCCAAUGACGGAAUUAGAUUACGGCACGUUACUCUGCUGGGCUAGCAAUCACAUCGGGCAACAACAAGUGCCCUGUGUAUAUCACAUUAUACCGGCGGGCCGACCAGACAUGGUUCACAAUUGCACGACCUCGAACACGUCGACCAACUCGUUUUCCGUGCGGUGCACGGAGGGCUUCAACGGCGGCCUGCCGCAGUCCUUUCUGCUGGAGGUGCGCGAGAGCAACAGCCAGGAGUUGCGUGUCAAUCUGACGUCGCCCGUGCCGCGCUUCAACGUCACUCACUUGGAGUCCGGCGCCCUUUAUCAGGCCUGCAUUUACGCCUACAACGACAAGGGCCGCAGCGAGGCGAUGGUGGUGCAGGCCGGCACUCUGAGGCUGCCGGAAAAACAGCUGACGUCCGAGUCGGAACGGCCGAGGCAGCAUGACAAUCUAACACCGAUGCUGAGCGUGACGAUCGGCGUUGUGAUGGCCCUCAUUAUCGUCGCGAUCAUAGUGAUGGUCGUCUUACGGGUUCAGCACACGCACGUGGAGGAGCAGAACAAGUCGCAGAUGGAGGAUCACGCGAAGCAGACGAAAGCCGUUCCCAUACAAAGGGAGCUACGAUUCCGGGAGGGAUGCAGCUUGCUCGCGGACGAGAAGCAUCCCAGCAGCCCGUUCAGAAAGCUGGAAACCAGCGGCGAUCUCAGCGAAAGCGACGAGAAGAAUCCUGACAUUAUUCCGCAGCAGAUCACUGGUGACGAGCCGUCGGAAUACUUGAGAAAGAGACGUCUGGUAUCAACGAUCGAGACGUCACCGUCGAGGAGCCUUCUAGAGCACUCGACGGUGACUUCCAUCAGCGGACACAGCAGUUACGUCGGCUACUGCACGAUCCGUAACGGCAUGCCGCUGCACGAGUUCUCCAACUUGUCAACAAAGCACAAAAGCUUUCAGCCGAUGGUGAGCGAUGUCUACGAGAGCGGCGUUUGCACCCUGCCCAGGCAACACUGGCCCAGCCAGAGCGUUCAAUCGAUGUCGAUGACAAUGAGUCCACCGAUGUUGUACGCCGGUCUGGGCGUCGUCGCCAGAACUUGUCCGAGCGGCACGCUCCAGACGAAGGAUUGCGAGACACGAGUGUCCGGCCAAUGCUGUCCAGCGGUUCAGACGCAGAAGGACGCGACGAUAGGCACGCCGGUGGUGAUGGCCAAGAGGGAGAGCUCCGUGUGACCCUACACCCGACACGGGGCCUGCACCUGCAGCGUGAGCGAGCUGCUGUGAAUCACGCCGUUGUCAAUCGCGAGAUAGCCGCGGAUCCCGGACUACACGAGCGUCCAGGAAACGUUUAGGAGAUAUCCACAGAUCGCGCGAAGAUUAGAACGUCUUUCAGGAAGACUGAACGAAACUUUAAUUAAAACUCCGAAAGACGUUUGGACAAUUAUAGUUAUCUAGAUCUGAGGAUUGAGAUCUCCUUUGGACGAUUCGUGGGGGGAUAAUUCCCUUUGCCAAACUGGAACGUCCCUCUCGACGCCUGUGUUGUCCGAGACGCUUCGAGCGUGCGAGCCGGUUCGAGUUCGACAGGUUUACGUUUCCACUCCACGACAAACGUCACGAUUUGCAUCUCUCUGUUGAAUCAAGUGCCCUUUUUACACUGAAGAACGAACAUCCCGACCGGCUGCUCUGCCGGCUUCUCUCAAUCUCGUGCGUAGCCUCGUGACCGAGCCCCGGUGGAACCGCAACCGGGCAUCUCGUAUGGUAGAGAGUGAGUUUACGAAAAUGUGCGUGCGCGAGCUCGCGGACUCGCCCGCACAUACUCCUGUACAUACCUCGAGACACGGAAGAUAUUUUGUACGAGUCGCGUAUAUUAACGAUUUAUUCCCACUUUUACUAUGAACACAACACUGUACAAUUUGUCUAGUCGAUGUAAGUAUAAAUAUGUAUAUGCGUUAAAGUCGUCGGGGAGAGGCGCCAGACCAGAAUAACGUACACUGAGGGGGAUGAUCAUCACCGUCGCGUCACGCUCGCGCCGCGCGCGCGCGCGGCGUAAUUAUUUAUAACGUUGACAACGCGUAAACGCGAAAUGCCGGGACUCUCGCGGGUACGGGAGAGAGAACGGGAGGCGAAGUUGUCAGAGACAUAUCGUUUGUAUCUCCAUCCGCGGGAAUCGAGUGCGAAACGAGGCGUACGAAGAGCGGCGGAGUAAUGAAACGAAAGACGGAGAAAGAGAAAAGAGGAAUAGAUGAAGAAUAAAAAUGAAAAGAAUCCCCGUCGCGCUUUCAUCUCAGUCUGCAGGAUUCUGGAUUUCACCGUAAUAUUAAGUAUCUCUUGUACAAUGUAUAAAGUAACGACUUCCUUCGAAGUAAAUGUACCGAGUAUGAUGAACGUUGUUUUUUCAAAGUCUUGAAUCUUUACUCUAUAUAAUAGGGAGAGGACGCCCCCGAUUUACGCCCUAAAAAAAAAAGUGUGGUACAGUAAUCGCGCGAUAGCACUUCUAACUUACUGCCUGUUUCGACGCUUGUGAAUCUCGAUGAUACUUCAUUCGGCAGAGGUUUCCAGCCUCUCUGUAUCAUAUAGCUUUAAAAAAUGAGAAAAAAGAAGAAGAGAAACAAAGGUUCGUCGAAGGGCGCCCUCGUCAUAUCCUCCGUACGAUACAGGGAUAAUCUCGUUGAUUAGAGCGGCCCGAGUCGCGUCUCCGGGUCGCUAAUCCGUGAAGGUGAGAUGAAAAUUGACCAUGUAGCCUUCCCUUUGAUAUCGAGCAGUCGAUUACUGGGCGAUGCAUUUCAGCUGUAUUACGUAUUAUGUGAGACGCGCGUUAAAAGUCUCUCCUUUUCGCGCGAAGUGAUAAUACCCGCAUUUUGCUUCGAACCGCAAUCUGUACAGAUUGAUUUUUCGCGUAUAGGAUUACGCUCCGAACACGCGACGAUCCUGCUGCGACUGCAAGGACUCACGUGAGGAUUAGAAUGCACUUUAUACGGCGUGAGAAAAAGAGAGAUAUGUCUUUCGAUGUUCCCAUAUUAUACCUAAAUAAGAUCGACGUGUAUCUAAUCGUUCUAGAACUCGAUAACGUAAUUGUAAUUAAUUUGCCAAUGAAAUGAUUGUAUAUGUUUUAUUUUCUGGCGUUACAGCGCAUUCCACGCUCGCUGAAGCAACGGUAUCGAUCUACUUCAGAAAACUAGAACAGGAAUUCGAGACAAAGCUCUUUCAGGCGUGCAGAGAGCGCGGAAGUUAACUUUAUUUUCGUUGGAAAAUCGCGUUGCUCCUCUCACGUUUUAAUUAUUAAGCGUUGAAUGAGUUUCCGUAUCUCUGUAAGCGAAUUUUUAUCUUCGAGCGGAGUCGCGAUUUCUGUCUCUUUCGACGCGGCGACGCCGAAAGUUUUCGUCGAAGCAGCACGGUAUUUGUCCAACCAGAUCGCAAGUUCGCGCAAAUUGACCAUAAAGGGAAUGUAGGUUGUGACUGUUUGCAGUCGCGUCGUCGUUGCAGUCUGUUAUACGUGCUUGCAAAUGAAUAUGCAGAGGAGACGGUCCCACACACGAACGAAGCGCACGCGUCCGCGUUUCCGUUCGCCGAAGGAAACGACGAAGAUAAUAUCGAGGACAUCUAGCGAAUUAUUCGAUGUGUAAGGAACGUAGAGAACGGCGGAGUCGAAGGUUUUACGAGCCGUAAAAAGCUAUCGCGAAGAAUUUCUAGGGCGAACACGUUGUUUCCUCGAUCGCGCUUAGACGUUACGUUAAUACGUCGCUCCCCGUGAAGAUCUAUUAACAUUUAAAAGAAAAAUGAGAUAAAUCGUUGAUUAUUAUUAUUACUGCCAUUAAUGGAAUUGAUGUCGGAACAUUGUGAGUGUAUGUUGUCGAAGAGAAUUUUUAGUAAUCGUUGAAACACAGCCGAUCCGCGCGUUUCUCCUCCCCCUACCCCGUCCCCCUUGUUAUAACUUUUGCACACAUAGAGAUUGUAGCCGUAUGCAAUAUAAAAGGACGUUGCAACAAAGAGAUUCUACGAUCCGACAACGGGGAAAUGUCACGGAAAUGAAAGAAACGUACAAUAAAACCUGGAUUCAAACUGCCAAAGUUUUCUAUACUUUGUUCGUACACACGUGUGAUCACUAUAUACGCGCACUAUACUACGAGAAACGUGUGAACUUUUUAAUAAUAAAUAGUAACGGAUUUUUUUUGCUAAUGAGACACGAUCAUUUUGAGAAUAUAUUUAUUAAUUCCAUUUUGUCCGCAUCGAAUUCAAGGAAAGAUCAAAGGGAAAAUAAGUAAUCGGUUUUUCGUAUAUCUUGCUGGCGAACAAUUGAUUUUCAGGGCACAGUCUACUUUUCGCUGUUCGGGUGAUUCGAAACCUCUCGACGGCCAUCGAACACGUCGCGAGGCAUGAUGUCGUAAGGCGGUGGCCAGACAUUGUUAUCUGCAAAAAUGACAAAUUAAACGGUCAUCAUCGUCAACCAGCACUAGAAGAUAAAUGUGAGUGUCGAGAUCGAAUCGCGCGUGAAUCGUGCAGUUGAUCUUCAGCGAAAACAUGAUAUUUCGACGUCGGUUGUACUCGUUUCAAUGUAUAAUUCAAGUGUCGAUCGAAAACACGACCUGCCAAGGGAAUAUCGUUUUUCUCUAAUUUUUUUUUUUUUCAAAGGUAAGAGUGCGUCGCUGCACCGUUUUGUAUGCAUCACUGCUUGUAUAUCGUAAUAAAUGAGACCGGAUAUCUGACCAGCCGCCGCUUGCGCGAGACAUUGAAAUUUGUAUAUGUACUUUAUAGUUUAGGACUAUCUCCGACACACCACCACCACCACACACGAGUCUCAUGUACCCCAUACCAGAACGUUUUUUUGAUAUUGUAAAUAUUCUGAAAUAAAUAAUCGUUUUUAUUCA